AUGAAAUUAAUUGAAUUAAGAGGUCACGAAAAGCCUGUUAACUUUGUUAAGUUUAAUUAGGAUGGAGAUUUGCUCUUCUCUGGUGCAGCUGAAAAAAGAGUAAAUGUAUGGCGUAAUCACACUUUUGAAAGAAUUGGUUCAUAUAAGACUUAAUCUGCCGUUAAGGCUCUUGAUGUUACCGAUGAUUCUUAAUAUCUCAUAACAGGUUCCCUCGAAGGUACUUUACAAGUUUUCUUAGUAGAUGGCGGUUAAUCCAUAGGUUUUUACAAGACAAAGUAUAAAUGUAAGUAUCUUGAACUUAGUUAAGGAAACGAAUACCUCCUUGUGCUUUUUGAAAGUUACGACAGCUAAGCUAAUAACUUGGUAGGUAUAUACAAGUUCAAAGAUUUCCUUCAAGCUUUGAAAAAUGCUAAUUAAAAAAAAAUUCCUGAUGAUUCUAUCCCUAUGUAUAAAACUUUCAACCUUAAUUACACUACUAACAAAAUUAGAUACGGUUAUUUAAAUAAAUGUCUCUACGUUGGUACAACAAAUGGCAAAUUGAUAAAGUUAGAUCCUGAAGGUAAAGUUAUCUUAGAGAUAGACGCUCACUAGGGUGAAACUUUAUCUAUUAGCUACUCUAAAGAUUACUCUUUAAUAGCUACUUCUGGUAAUGAUGGUGCCAAAUUCUGGGAUCCUUCCACUCUCAAAUGUAUCAGAUUUAUUAAAUAAUAAGUUUAAAUGAACUCUGUUGCUAUUAGUCCUUUGAUCACUGGUGAAACUGAAGAUGUUAAAUAUCACUGUAUCAUGGGUGGUGGUUUACCUGCUAGAGAAUCUGCUGGAAGCAAAGCUGGUGGUUACGUUAUCCAUUUAUGCAAUAUUAUGUAUGGUGAAGAUUUAGGUACUAUUUCUGGUUGUUUCGGUCCUAUUAACCAUCUCGUCUUCUAACCUGAUGGUAGAGGUUUUGUUAGUGCUGGUGAAGAAGGUAUUAUUAGAUGCUACAGAUUCGAUGGUACUUAUUGGGAAAGUGAAACCUUUUAAUGA